CCAGUUAAAAGCGUGUGUGUGAGCGGCUAGUUGAGCUCGUGCGAGUAGAGACACUCGGGGUGAAAACCUCGUCGAUCCGUCCUCUUUCUCCGCGUUGUUCGGCGCAUCACAAUGUCCAAACCGAGGUUGCAGGCGGAGUGGGAGGAAAUCGAGGGGGAAUAUCAACAAUUACAGGAAACACACAAAAUAUACAGACAAAAACUUGAGGACCUCACGAAUCUUCAGGCAACGUGCAGCAGUGCCAUCAGUAAACAGAGAAAAUGUCUAAAAGACCUAAGGCAGACGUUGGCCAGGUGUGCAAAAGCCUGUGAUGAUAAAGACAUUAAGCUAAUAACGGACAUCAAGACUCAAAUCAAAGAUAAAGAAAAUGUGUUCUUUGAUAUGGAAGCAUAUUUGCCGAAGAAGAAUGGACUGUACCUGAAUUUGGUCCUGGGCAACGUGAACGUAACGCUUCUUAGCAACCAGGCAAAAUUUGCCUACAAAGACGAGUACGAGAAGUUCAAGCUUUAUAUGACGAUUAUCCUGAUGUUUGGAGCAAUAACUUGUCUCUUCUUUCUGAACUGUCGAGUCACAGAUGAAAUUUUCAACUUUUUGCUGGUGUGGUAUUAUUGUACAUUGACCAUAAGGGAAAGCAUUCUCAUGAGUAAUGGCUCCAGGAUUAAAGGUUGGUGGGUGUCUCACCAUUAUGUAUCCACCUUUCUGUCAGGUGUGAUGCUUACCUGGCCAGAAGGACUCAUGUAUCAGAAGUUCAGAAGCCAGUUUCUUGCAUUUUCCAUUUACCAGAGCUUUCUUCAGUUCCUGCAGUAUUACUACCAGAGCGGCUGUUUGUAUCGGCUGCGAGCUUUAGGAGAGAGAAAUCAGCUGGACCUCACAGUCGAGGGAUUCCAGUCCUGGAUGUGGAGAGGCCUCACAUUUCUUCUGCCGUUCCUCUUCUUUGGCCAUUUUUGGCAGCUUUACAACUCGGUGACCCUGUUUCGCUUGGCAGGACAUGAGGACUGUAAGGAGUGGCAGGUGUUUAUGCUGGCACUGACGUUCCUUGUCCUCUUUUUGGGAAAUUUCCUCACCACCUUAAAAGUCGUCCACCAAAAAUUUCAGAAAAAUCACAAAAAGGUGCAAAAAAGUGACUGAUGCAAAAACUCAGAUUCCUCAAUCGGCCAGUGUUGUUUUUUUUUUUUUCCUGUUUUCUCACACGCACAGUCGCUUCGUAGACUCACCUCAGUGCGACGAGGCCGAGGGGACGGAGCUGAAACCACUGGUUCUCUCAGGCUUUCUCGACAACAGCAGCCUUCAGCCGGCGUGUCCGUCUGGCUAACAGCUGUUUCCUCCCGCUCAUGUUGCUGCACAGUCGGUCUCAACACAAAGUGGUAUUCACCUGAUAGAUGGAGAGCUCGUCACUUUAUCCUGUACAUUGAAAAGGGAGUAGGAAGAAUGUGCUUCAUGUGGGUGUUUGUAUUAGUGCAUGACUGUCUUAGAGCCUUUCGUUCAAAUCAUAUGCAACAGCAGGAGGGAAGGUAGCAUCCGAUACGAGAAGAGGAUAGUUUGACUUGACCUGACGCUGGUCAUGUACGCGCCUCAUACUUCUGUGAAGUAACAGUCAAACUGUCUCUGACAUCUUCAAUUUGGCACUGAGAUUAAUUUCUCACAACAUUUUAUAUUUUGAUCUCAGCUCCCUGUUACAUUGCCUCACAGUAUUUUCUACUAGUUUAUUUUUGGAUAGUGACAAAUGUAGGUCUGCAAUAGGAAAACAAAAAACCUAAACCUGAUACUUGACAACAGUUUAAUGACAAAACCUCUUGUUUCUGUUCCAGUCUGGAGUCACUGGCUGCUCUCACUUAAUUUUUUUUUUUUACUUGUUUCCUCUCAGGCAGCUGUUACAUAAGCCAUAAAUGUAAACGUAUGGUCCAAACUGAAACCCUUACACAUACUUGUGUUCAUCGUGUUUCAGUGUCUCUACAUGUAAGAGCUUUAAAGUCAUAGACCAUCAACAAAAGAGAAAUUCAUCCUAACACUUGAAGUCCACGCACCACGGAGGUUGUAUUUGUCAUUACUGUGCUGCUAGCUCCCAUUUAGUUCUGUACACAUGAACAAAUGCUGCUACUGGUCCUCUCAGAUUGUAAUGCAGUGAUCUGUUAAUUUGCUGGCUCAUAGUUUCUUUUUUUUUCCCUAACACAAUAAAAUAUUUGUAUAAAUUAAUUUUUCAAUCAUGACUGUUUACGUCACAUUUGCAGAUCUUCUGUUUCAUGUUUACACUAUCACACACGGACCUUGUGGUGUUUUUCCAGCGAGGGGUCACGUGGGUUCAAAUGAACAGCUGUCUGGUGUCAGGACUUUACUGCCUUAUUCUGCCUUCUGCUCUUCUUAUGUGUAAAUCCAAAGAUGUUUGGAGUCACACCUGUCAUUUCUCGCAGUGCAGCGCCUCUACUGAACAGUAUUUAUUUCUCGCGUUGAAUAAGAGAGUAUGUUUUGAUGAGCACAGAGCCACUGGACUUUGACAUUUUCAUGAUGUAACUGAUGAACAAUAUUUCAUAAUUCAUUUCCAGACUGUAACGGGUGCCUGAUUAUGAUUGGUAACAUGAGACAGUUGACGAUUUCCUACAUAUGGACAUAUGUUAAAAUGUUCCUAAUUAAACACAAUGAAACCUUU